AUGGCCAUCCCUGGCGUUCGGAUCACCGCAACAAACAAAUCUCCACUUAUCCUCAUCGCGACAUGGCUAUUACUCGUCCUCGCCGCAUUCGCCUACGUUAUGCGCUCGAUUGUCAAGAUCUCGCGCCAGGCCAUGCGCUUUGAAUUUGAUGACUACCUCCUCACAGGGGCAUUAGUCUUUUGCGCCGCACAAUCGCUGGCCACCAUUCUCCGAGCCGCAGACGGGUUUGGUAAACCUUUCAACACUUUAUCUGUCGACAAAGUAAACAAGACUAUGAAAGCCGCCAUGGCAGCGAAUAUCCUCUACGUUGUGUCUCUGGCUUUGUCAAAACUUUCCCUCCUCCUCCUUCUAGUCAAAUUAUCCCCAAACCAACGACACAAACGAGUCAUGCACGGCAUUAGCGUCUUCAUCGUUCUUUUUACUUUAAUUUCUAUCUUUGUGGUCUCAUUUUCCUGCUCGGUACCACAAACAUGGAACUACGCUUCUGGCAGGUGUAUCAAUAGGACCGCAUGGUGGAUCGUCUUUGAUGUGUACAACAGCAUCACCGAGACCGCCUUGAUCGUCAUACCUAUCUACAUUAUCGGUCAGGUGCAGUGGCCUAUCUCGCGCAAGGUUGUGUUCUCCACUCCUUUUGUAUUACGGUUAUGUACAAUUGCAGCUUGUGUUACCGAUAUGGUGAUGUGGCAUAACUUAUCCACCGCCGAAGACCCUUACUUCGCCGAAUGGACUGUUUCUGUGACCACGCAGAUCAUCCAGUGUAGCUGCCUGGUAUGCACAUGUGUCCUGUAUCUGCGAAAUUUCCUCUCCAGUAUUGAGACCGGCUUCGGAUUGAAUGGGGAUUUGUCGGCAUCGAUACCGCUCAAACCACGCGCCACUAAGGGCUUCAGCCUUUCAUCGGAGAGGUUAACCGGCUCAGCGAGUAUGCCGGGGCAGAUUCAGGUCACAACGAGGUAUGAGGUGCAUGGAGAGACGGUGGAUAGGGCAGAUGCGGGAGGAGAAGAGUGA